AUGGGAUCUCUGGACUGCGGUUUGGCUGCCGUUGAAGGCCCUGCCUACGGCAAGCGGUUGAUCCCCCACGUUGUCGACGAUCUCGCCCGCAACGAUCCCCUGGCAGAGGUAUUUCAGAUUCCGCGCUCGUCGGACGCCAAGGACGGCUGGGAGACCAUCACGGCCAAGGCAUUUUCCAACGCAAUCAACAGCUAUGCCUACCAUAUUAUCGAGACCUGUGGGCCGGCUCCCAAGGACACGUUCCCGACCAUAGCCUACAUCGGACCCAACGAUGCGCGCUACCUGGUUGUCUUUGUCGCAUGCAUCAAAGCCGGCUACAAGGCUCUCUUCACGUCACCUCGUAAUUCAGAGGAGGCACACAUGAAGCUGUUUGAGGAAACGGACUGCCGAUUUGUCGCCUUCGCCGACCAGUACGAAGAAAAGGCCCAGGCUUGGCGGGAGCAGAGAGAAAUGGUGCCUGUCCCGAUCGGUUCGGUAGCAAGCUGCUUCCACGCCAAGGAGUCACCUGCCUUCCCCUUCAACAAGACGUACGAGCAGGCACAAUGGGAGCCGGCAGUGGUCCUGCACACUAGCGGCAGCACCGGCCUGCCAAAGCCCAUCGUCGUGGCCCAGGGCCUCUUGGCGCUAUUGGACAACUACCACAACGUCGGGCAGUUCCAGGGAGAAGAGUCCGUGAUCCGCGUGCUGACUGGAAGGUCCAAGAGAAUCUUCAAUCCUAUGCCACUAUUCCACGCCGGCGGUCUGAUGCUUAGUUCCAUGUGGAUCUAUUGGCAAAGUCCGUUUGCGUUAGCCUCGAGCGAACGGCCACUGUCUGCCGACUUCGCACAGGAGUGCCUGGCUGCUUCGGAUGUCGAGUCUGCUUGCCUGCCACCGGCGAUUCUGGAGGACAUGAGCCACAACCCCGAGCAGCUUGCCGCUCUGCAGAAGCUGAACUUCGCCGUGACUUUUGGAGGGAACAUUUCACGGGAAAUCGGCAACAAGCUGACACAGAACGGUGUUGUGCUAAUCAACCUCAUCUCUGCAACGGAGACCGGGCUUUUCCCGCUCUUCUUCCAGUCGAACCCGGAGCUAUGGCAGUACUUUAUUUUCAACACUGAGAUGAUGGGCGGUGACUGGCGCAAGGCGAGCGACACAGAAGAGGUGUAUGAGCUGGUGGUUGUGCGCAAGGACAAGCAUCACCCAACCGAUCAAGGCAUCUUUUACACCUUUCCAGACCUCACCGAGUACUCGACAAAGGACCUCUACCGGCCGCACCCCACGCUACCUAACCAUUGGACCUACCACGGGCGUGCAGACAACAUCAUUGUCUUCUCUACAGGCGAGAAGCUGAACCCGGUCACGAUCGAGGACACCGUCGCAGCGCAUGCCGACGUUAAGGGUGCCUUGGUCAUCGGGUCCGACAAGUUCCAGGCCGGCCUCAUUCUCGAGCCUUUGAGGGCUCCCCAAGAUGCGGAUGAGAGGAAGCGGUUCAUCGACAAUGUGUGGCCGUACAUUGUCAAAGCCAACAAGGAGACGGUGGCGCACGGAAGGAUUUCGCGUGAGUUUAUCAUACUCUCGGAUCCCGCGAAGCCUUUCCCCCGUGCUUCCAAGGGAACGGUGCAGCGAAAGGCCACCAUCACACUCUACCAAAAGGAGAUCGACGAACUGUAUGCGACAGCCGGGCAGGUUUCUCACGGCGAAGUGCCGCCCAUCGACGUCAGCUCGGAGGACAACCUGGUGCAGGCCAUCCAGGACCUGUUCGAGACGAAGCUAGAGGCUGGCAAGAUUGACCCCGACGUGCAGUUCUACACUGCCGGUGUCGAUUCUCUGCAGACGAUUGAGGCAGCGAAGCUGCUCCGAGCCGGACUCGAGUCGGCAGGUCACCCCACAGACAGCUCUACGAUGGCGUCGCGUGUGAUCUACAACUACCCGACGCCGCGUAAGCUGGCGCAGUACAUUCUAGCGACGAUUGUGGGCGGCCAGGGCGUGACUGCCGAGAGCCAAGAGGCCCACCAUCUGGAAGCGAUGCAGCAGCUGUGGGACAAGUACACGACGGAUCUGGUACAGGCCAAGACCGGGCGACCGGAGGCUUUGGACGAGAACCAGACGGUCGUGCUGACCGGCUCGACCGGCAUGCUGGGAUCGUACCUGCUGGACUUUAUGGCCAAGAGCGCGGCAGUGAAGCGGAUCGUGUGUCUGAACCGGGCGGCCGACGGCGGGCUCAGCCAGCAGGCGCGGGCGGCCAAGGAGCGCGGUCUUCUGGAGGGCUACAACGGCAAGGCGGAGUUCUACCAGGCGAACCUGUCUCGUUCGGACUUUGGGCUGCCGGCGGACGUGUUUGGCGGGCUGCUGCAGGAGGCCGACCGGUUCGUGCACAACGCCUGGUCGGUCAACUUCAACAUCCCGGUCGAGACGUUUGAGCCGCACAUCCAGGGCGUGCGCAACAUUGCCGAUUUUGCGUCGCAGUCGGCCAAGCGGGUGGCGGUGGCGUUCAUCUCGUCGAUCGCCUCGGCCGAGCACUGGGACCAGAGCAAGGGUGCGGUGCCGGAGGAGCGACUCGAGGACCUACGCCUGUCCAACGGCGGGUACGGGUCGAGCAAGCUGGUGGGCAGCCUGGUGAUGGACGACGCGCACAGGACGGGCGACUUCCCGCUGGCGGUGGUGCGCGUGGGCCAGAUUGCCGGUCCCGAGGCGACAUCUGGCGCGUGGAACCGGCACGAGUGGUUCCCAUCGAUCGUGGCGUCGAGCCUGUACCUCAAGGCGCUGCCGGCGGACCUGGCGACGAUGAAGCGGAUCGACUGGACGCCGGCCGAGCGCAUCGCCCGGCUGGUGCUCGAGGUGGACGGCAUCACGCAACCAGUCGACCCAAAGCACAUCAGCGGUUACUAUCACGGCGUGAACCCGUCCGAGACGACGUGGACGACGAUUGCGCCGGCCAUCCGGGCGUACUACGGCGUCGAGCGGAUCGCCGAGGAGGUGCCGUUCAGCGAGUGGAUCGCACGGCUGGAACAGAGCCAGACAGACGAUGCCAAGGACAUUGAGCGCAACCCGGGCAUCAAGCUGCUGGACUCGUACCGCGCGAUGGCGGCCGAUGCUGCGGCGAACCGGGGAAUGCCGCCAUUUGAGGUCAAGCACACGACGGCGAGCAGCCCGACGAUGGCGAGCAGCACGGCCGUGACGCCAGAGUUGAUGCAGAACUGGUGCAAACAGUGGGGCUUUGAGACGGUGUAA